AUGUUAACCCAUGGAGUAAAUAUUAAACCAACAAGUAGUAGUGAUUCUUCAAAUCCAAUCAGAAAAAAAGUGGAAUCAUUGGUUUCUCAGAAAUUACACACUGAUCAGGAUUUUUUAAAAAUGGUGGAUUAUGUUGCACCAAUGGUGAAUAAAAUUGAUAUUCAUGUAGAACGAAGAUUGAUGUACGAGUUAGAGGAACGAAAAAUUAAAGCAAAUCGCGAGUACUUGAAAGCUUUUGGAUUGGUAAAUGAUCGAGUGCAAGAUUUUGUGGCCAAAGUCAUGCAGUUGAACAGUAUAUGUCAGGAUAUGACGAAUAAAAUACAGUCUAAUAAAGCAAAAACGCAAGAUUUAUUAUCUAGAACUGCUGCACUGCAGAAUGAAAAGCGAACACUUGAGAGAAAACAGAUAGCAAUUGAUAAUUUCUUGAGUCGUUAUUCAUUAAAACCUGAAGAAGAAACCGCUUUGAAAGGUUCCGAUGCUGAUGGCACUGUUAAUGCAAAAUUUUUUGCGGCAUUACAACGUGUAAAGCAAAUCCACCAUGACAGUAAACAACUUCUUCGAUCUUCUGGAGAACAUCUUGCUGCCUUAGAAAUAAUGGAAGAAAUGGCAAAUAAAUUGGAAGAAGCGUAUGAAGUGCUUUACCGUUCAAUUCAGCGAGAAUGUCGAUUGCUUAAUGUGGAAUUCUUGGAAUUAAAAGGAGUUUUGGUACAGUCGAUUGCAUCGCUUCAAGACCGUGAAGUGCUUUUCAAAUAUGCCUUAGAUGAGUACACUACGGCUCGAAGAAAUUAUGUAGUACGAGCAUAUAUCGAUGCACUAACACGAGGAGGUGCUGGUGGUACACCUAAGCCAAUUGAAAUGUUGUCCCAUGACCCACUGAGAUAUAUUAGUGAUAUGCUUGCAUGGAUUCAUCAGGCAAUGGCUACCGAAAGAGAACUUUUGCAAGCAUUGCUAAAAUUGUGUAAUUCAGAUGUUUUAAAAGAGAACAGCAUUAGUAUACAGAGCCAAAUUUCCGAAGCACUGUGUCGUCCGUUUAAAGUUCGUGUCGAACAAGCUCUAACAACUGAAACGAAUUGUAUUGUGCUUUAUCGAUUGUCAUGCCUUUUCACUUUUUAUUUGGAAACAAUGUCAUCCUCCUUGAACUCGGAUUCGAUGUUAAUUCAGACAUUUACAGAGCUCAAAGAAUUGACAUUAAACUUGUUUUUCAGUGGAUUACAUUCCUUAGUUCAGAAACUUGUUGGAAAGAUUGGUACGCCUGAUUACGAUUUGCUUCCAGUAUCUGCUGUUCAUCAGGUACUCAUAUUGCUUAAAGAUGUUUUGGAAUCACAUGAUGGUGGUGUUGCUGCUGUGGCUGAUAAAAAAGAAAAUUUUGAAAGGAUCUUUACAGCGGUUCUUGAUCCGCUAAAUCAAGCGGUUCAAUUAUCAGCAACACAACUUCAUUCACCUAUUGAUGUUGCAGUUUUUACCCUUAAUUGUCUUUCCGCUAUAAAUUCUGCUAUCAUGCUUUAUCAAUUCACGGAUUCACGCCUUGAAAUGAUUAAAGCUCAGAUUGACGCAAACAUUGAUGUUCUUGUUAGUGAACAAGCUACCUUCAUUAUAACACAAACAGGAUUAAUUAAACUAUACCGCAAAGCCUCAGCUCAUCAGCCAAGCCAAGGAGCGCUUUCUGAAAUCGCUGGGAUGGAGCCGUCUCAAAUAUCGAGUACAUUGCUUUCAUUUGACACUUUUCUGACAAAUCCUAAUAAAUAUAAGUCAGAUCAAUGUGUGAAAAUAUCAUCAGCUAGACUAAGGGAUACGGUACGAGAGCGGACAAUCGAAACUGUGGUAGCAGCUUAUAGAAUAAUUUACAAUAAAGUAAUUGAUCCAAGCAACAAAUACUCUCAACUACCGAUUAAAACCGUCGAACAGGUCCAGGAAUUACUGAAGGUAUGGAUGUAA